AUGAACGGAAACAGUAAAGGAGGAGGAAACAAAAAUGUUGUAGGUGCGGUGAAAGCAAUAAGUCAAAACAAAGGGAAAAAUAAAAGUGAUAAAAAUAAUGGGAUAGAAAAUGUAAAUAAAACUAAUAAAAAUAAGCAGGUUAUAAAGGAGAACGAAAAAAAGGAAUAUAAUGAUUGGAAAAACGAAAGGAAAGAGAAUAGUCACGUUGAAAAGGAAAAAAAAGCAAGUGAUAACUUACAAAAUGUUAGUCAGAAUGAGAAAAGUCCAAACAACAUUAUUAAAAAUAGUAACAAUAACAGCAGCAGUAAGGUCAAACCUAACAAAAAGAUUAAGAACAAAAAAAAAGUAGAUAAGCUAGAUAUAAUAUUAAAUGAAUUUCAAAGUGGAGAAGUUGAAAAAGAAGUAAAAAAGAAUGAAGAGGAACUAAUAGAAAAAGAAGAAAGGGACAAAAAAAGAAUCGACUUGGACGAGUUUGAAAUAGAAAGAAUAAAAAAAAAUACAGUACUAAAAGAAAACUUUAUACAAGAGCAAAAUAAUAGCCAUAUAAGAUUACUGAAAAAUUGGCCGCAAAUAGAAAAAAGUGUGCAAACUAGCCCAGCAACAGUACCAAUAGAAUUAGUAUUUCAGGGAGAGAAUUAUCCUGUUGGUGAAAUAUUGGAAUAUAAACAUGUAUUAAGUGGAAAGUCAUUACAAGAAAAAAAGGAAAGGGAAAAAUUAAAUAUUGAUUAUUAUGAUGAUUUAAGAAAAGCAGCUGAAUGCCAUAGACAAGUAAGAAAAUAUAUACAGUCUUAUGUUAAACCAGGAAGAAAAAUGAUAGAUAUUGUACAAGAAACAGAAAAGAAAACAAGAGAAUUAAUUUUAUCUAACAAAUUAAAAUGCGGAUGGGGAUUUCCAACAGGUUGUUCUUUAAAUCAUUGUGCAGCACAUUAUACACCAAAUUAUGGAGAUAAUACUGUUUUAAAAUAUGAUGAUGUAUGUAAACUUGACUUUGGGGUACAUGUAAAUGGGUAUAUAAUUGAUUGUGCAUUUACUAUUGCUUUUAAUGAAAAAUAUGAUAAUCUUAUUAAAGCUACUCAAGAUGGAACAAAUGUAGGUAUUAAGGAAGCAGGAAUUGAUGCGAGAAUGUGUGAUAUUGGUGAGUCCAUUCAAGAAGCUAUUGAAUCAUAUGAAAUAGAAUUAAAUCAAAAAGUUUAUCCUAUUAAAGCUAUAUCUAAUUUAAGAGGACAUUCAAUAAAUAAGUAUAUAAUACAUGGUGGGAAAUGUGUACCUAUUGUUAGACAAAAAGAGAAAAGUGAAAUUAUGGAAGAAGGAGAAUUGUUUGCAAUUGAAACUUUUGCAUCAACUGGAAAAGGAUAUGUAACACAUGAUAAUGAAUGUUCUCAUUAUAUGAGAAAUCCAGAUAAACAAUUUGUACCUAUUAGGUUAAAUUCAGCUAAAACAUUAUUAAAAGUUAUUAAUGAAAAUUUUGAUACAUUGCCAUUUUGUCAUAGAUGGUUAGAUGAUUUAGGACAAACUAGACAUUUUAUGGCCUUAAAAACGUUAGUAGAUUUAAAUAUCGUUGAACCAUAUCCUCCUUUGUGUGAUAUCAAAAAUUCAUUUACCUCUCAAAUGGAACAUACCAUUUUAUUACGACCAACAUGUAAAGAAGUUUUGUCUAGAGGUCCUGAUUUCUAA